UCGUUCAGUGUUAAUCGUUUUAAAAAUGAAAUUAGAUUUAUUCUAUUUUAUUCUUGUGGCAAUAUUUCUAAAUUUAUGUGCUGCAAUUCCCGUAAAAAAUCCCCGACAGACAGAACAGAGACCGUUAACAUUUGCAGAUGUGAUUCCUGGAUCAAGAUUUCCACAGAGGGGAUUCAAUGGAACAUGGAUGACAGGCUCUGAAUUUCUCUAUCGAAAUAGCCAAGGUGAUUAUAAUAUUUACAAUGUGGAAGAAGAUAGUCAUCGCUUGUUCCUCUCACAAGAUGCCCUGUCAGAUUGGAGAGGUUCAAGUUUUACAUUUUCCCGUGACUACACAAAAAUUCUUGUACGCUACAGCGUAAGAUCGAUUUUCAGACAUUCAAUUGUGGCCAAAUAUGCUGUAUACGAUAUUGCCACAAGCACAUCAACCAAUGUGUCGAAUGCAGAUGAGUUGAAUGUUUGCGUUUGGUCUCCUGUGGAUUCAAAUACCCUGGCCUUUGUCAAGGACAACGAUGUGUACUUGAAGAAAUUGGACGGAGAAGAAACUCGAUUGACAAACGAUGGAAUUCCUGGGGUCAUUUACAAUGGUGUACCGGAUUGGGUAUAUGAGGAGGAAGUAUUGGGCAGUGGAGCUGCUUUGUGGUUCUCAUCGAAUGGCGGAAAAAUUGCCAUUGCCAGUUUCAAUGAUACUGAAGUCAAUGAAUUCAUGUAUUUCAUGUACAGACAACCGGGAAAUCUCGCAAAUCAGUACUUUGACGAGAUUAAAUUGCGCUACCCAAAGGCCGGUGCUACAAACCCACAUGUUGUGCUGAGGGUACUUGAUGUGAGUGUAGCUGGUGGGGUUUGGAGAGAUGUACCCACACCCGAGAACAUCGUAACAACUGAUCACAUUCUGGGCACUGUGUCGUGGUUCGAUGACAAUCGCAUUUUGGCACUGUGGCUAAAUCGUCGUCAGAAUAUUGCCACACUUCAGUCAUGCACAAUUGGCUCUGAUAUCGUCUGCACAGAAAUUAUACAUUUUUCCGAACCAAAUGGUUGGGUGAGCAUCAAUGCACCCAGAUGUUACACCAAUGCAAAUAUUUGUCUCAUGAUUGCCAAUGCUGAUGGAUGGUAUAAAGUAUUGAAAUAUGAUUUUGUUCUACAACAAACCUCAACUAUUACUCCUAGUCAAUUUACUGUGUCCAGUAUCUAUGGAUACGACGAGGUCAAUAACAAUCUCUACUACACUGCUGUUCCCGGAAGCAAUCCUCAGCAGAGACAUGUCUUCCGUGACAAUACUUGUCUCACGUGUUCAUCAAAAAGCCCCGAAGGUGUUGACUGCUCCUAUGCCAGUGGUAGCUUCAGUCGGGACUUCUCCCAUUACGCUCUAACAUGCUCCGGUCCAACCCCAUCAUACACGCAUUUGACCAAAACAUCGGAUAACAGCAAAAUAAUCGCAUGGGAAGAGAAUCUGUCGACACGUCAAAGUUUAACAGCUAUAGCUCUGCCCCAAAUCCGAUAUCUCAAAGUUCCCGUUGCUGAUGGUUAUGAAGCAUCUGUGCGUCUUCGACUUCCGGCCGAAUUGAACUUUCCUUCUGGAAAUGGCCAAAAAUACCCUAUGAUAGUCUAUGUCUAUGGUGGACCAAAUUCAGCACGUGUUACAGAUUCUUUUGGUGUUGGCUUUGGUGAUUUCCUGGUUAGUGGACACCAUGUGAUUGAGGCACAAAUUGAUGGACGCGGAACGGCCAAUCAAGGCACCGACAUGCUAUUCACCCUUAACAAUCAUUUGGGCACAGUUGAGAUUAUCGAUCAGAUAGCCGUGACCAAAUAUCUUCAAGACAAUUUCAACUUUAUUGAUGCCGAUCGAACAGGAAUCUGGGGAUGGAGCUAUGGAGGCUAUGCAACAGCUAUGGCAUUGGCCAAAGAUACUCAAAGGGUUUUCCAAUGUGGAAUUUCUGUAGCACCGGUUAUUUCUUGGAUUUACUACGAUUCUAUCUACACAGAGAGAUAUAUGGGUCUCCCUAAUGUCACUUACAAUGAUGCAGGAUACAAUGCUAGUGAUAUUACACGAAAUAUCGAAGAAUUCAAACAUCACGAUUUCCUCCUAAUUCACGGCAAUGCCGAUGAUAAUGUACACUUUCAGAAUUCCAUGAUGCUCAGUCGAGCACUGCAGAGGGCCAACAUUUACUUCGAACAGAUGAGUUAUCCGGACGAGGCGCACGGAUUGAACGGUGUUUCGAGGCAUUUGUACCACUUGAUGGAGUCAUUUUGGAUGCAAUGUCUCAGUAUUGAGGAGUAAUAGUCAACAACAACUGUAAAUCUUUCCAUGAAGACAGCUCUAAAUCACCGAGAACACGCUAAUGCUAUAUAAAUCUUCUAAUUGGAAAUUAUGAUUCAUCCGUGAGUUCGUGAACUUGGGAAGAUCAUCAUCAUCUUCCUCCAUCGAUGUAACACUUUGUCACUAGCAAAUAAAUAAUUUUGCUAAAUA